ACAAGCAAGCUGCGCUUUGCACAUUGUGGUGCUGCCCUUGUGGGCGUAAUGGUUCUGUGGGCCGUCCAUCUGUACAAGCGAUCUGGCUGAUAUGCCGCUGCUGCUCUUCCGCAGGAUGUGGUAUCACGUGCAAAUAUCAAGUAUGUGGCAAUUGGACCGCUUGUGUAAGGUAGGUCCGCAGGGACCGAAUUUCGUACGGAACCUCAUUCGCUUUGAUGAUGUGACCUGGUGGGAUGUCGUGCGAUCCGGAGAGCGUCGAUGGUGGAAGAACUGGGCGAGUGAUAUCACACAUUGGGCGUACGCGGACCGUCAGGCUACUCAACUGGAGUACUAUGCGCGGGGCUGGCCCAUCUGGCGAGAAGGAUGGGAAGAGGAAGACCGAGAGUCAGAGUUUCGUGGGGCAGCGGACAUUCCAGACUUUCAGCUGCAUGAUUCUGGGCCCGACGGUGAUGAGUUUGUCGAGAGCCAUUCACAAUACAUGCCACGUUGGGCAUGCUGGAGGAGAUAGUGCCACAGAUGACAGGGAUUCCACUGGAAAACAAAGCGACUGGAUCUUUCUUCGAGAAUCUGCGAUUUUCUCGGCACCUGCAGUCAGACGCGAACCAUCACGAUUUGAAAACAAGGCGAACAUGGUCACAGGAGGUAACCAACGUGACGUGCAUCGCUGCGCAAUAUGCGCUGCGCGCUGAUCUUCCAUUUCGCAAGUGGAACGGUUCACGUCAUAACAAGCCCUCGAAUACAGCCCUUUAGAUACGCCUCUUUGGCGAGUCAACGGCGAGUCAAAUGCCGCUAAUAUUCGCAAUCGG